AUGCGGCGAAUGGUGCCACUAUAUCUAGCGCAGAUGCACAGGUUACAGAUGGAUGAUCCCGAUAUUCACCAUGAAUUCAUGCAAGGAAACUUUUGUGUAAACAAAAAUGAUAUCCCUUUCUGUGCCAUUGGACCGGACCACGCUAUAGAACACGUCAACAAGCUGAUGAAGAUUCGGGGAGGGCUGAAAGGUCUAACACAGCAACCAGCAGCCAUGGCAAGAUGGUUCCUUGUGACGCCAGAACUAAGUAGACUUGCGACGCAAGUUGACCACAUGGUGGGGUUACAAAGAGCUUCAUCAUCGCAUCAUCACGAUCUAAGCGAUGCGAUAACAAAUCGCUAUAAUGAUAAUGUACAGAAGCUGAAGGAUGUGCUCAAAGUGAGUGACCCUUUCGUGAAAGAGGGACGUCUUCUGGUGAACAUCAUCAAGAAAGCAGUAAUGCCAGAUGACAUCAAGGAGGGAGUCCUAACACGAGAUAAGAUCGGCCAAACGUUGUUUGACACAUUUGCUCAAGAGAGAAUUGUCGAAGUCAAGUUAAGUGUUUGGAGCCCCAUGAAAAAGGCAAAUCUGAAGUCAUGGAAGUCUGCUAAGCAAAAAAACAAAAACAAGACAACUUGUGGCGUCGCACCCUUAUAGGAUGAUAGAGCUCUCUUCGCACGCUUCUUAGUCGUCAUUCUCUCAAGGCCUGAUCUUGACAUAAAGGAACCCAUCAGUACCUUUGAGUUAGCCGGGUAUCCAAGGGCACUCUUCUUCUCUGAUGGCAGUUUGCGACACUGCACUACCAAGAGCAAGCUGAUGAACAUCCUAAAAAGCCUUUUACCGGCCCAACAGCAACCACAAACGUCUACAGUACAACCUCACUCUGCAGAUCCCUCCAGUAGGCAAGUGGUCAUUAUUGAUGCCAUGGCCGUCGUUCAGGCAAUGGGAAAGCCACUGUGGGUAAGAAAUGGGCGUCACCUAGCAAGCGAUUUCAUAGAAGUCAUUGAUUCUAAGUCUGAAGGUGCCACCAAGGUGCAUGUUGUAUUUGACCGCUACGAUAUCCCAAACUCCUUAAAGGAAGGAACGCGCCAGAAACGAACGGGCACAAGCAGAGCUGUGGUAUACUAGAUUACUGUGGAUGCUGUUAUUAACAAGAUCACGAUGAAGGAUCUUUUGAGCUGCAGCCAGAAUAAGGAGACAUUGGCUAUCUUCCUUGCAGCAAAACUUAUCGAGUGCAAGAAAAACUCGCAGACGACGCAUGUAGUAACCUCUAAAGCUGACUGUAUGGCUUCUAAUAGCGUACCGAUUCAGCAUUUAAGGAGUGAGCAGGAGGAAGCAGAUACUCCUAUGCUCCUACAUGCUCUAGACGCCACAGAGAGAGGAGCAACGUCCAUAACCAUUCAGAGUCCAGAUACAGACGUACUCAUUCUGACGCUCUGGGUUAACAAGAGACUUUGUCCAGACACUACAGUGAUUGUUGGAACAGGAGGAAAACGAAGAAGUAUUCCACUAGGCCCACUCUACGAGGCGGUAGGAGAAGAACUUGUGAAGGCUUUACCUGGCUUUCACGCUUUUUCAGGAUGUGAUCAGACAGGCACUAUCAGUGGAAAAAGCAAAGUGUGUUGUUGAAAUACACUAAAGAAAGCCGAACGAUCAGUACUCGAUGCCUUUUCCAGCCUGGGAACCAGCGACACCAUCCCGGAUGGUAUAUACAUGACGCUAGAGCGCUUUGUAUGCCAGUUGUACAUCCCAUCGACACAGCUAAGAACCAUAGGAGAGGUCCGAUGGCUGCUCUUUAG